AUGACGGGAAAAGCGAAGCCAAAGAAGCACACGGCAAAGGAGAUCCAAGCCAAGGUGGACGCAGCGCUGACCAACCGCGGCGGAGGAAAAGCCGGUUUGCUUGAUCGGAUCGGUGUUGAGAAGGGAGGACACGCCAAGUGGGAGUGCCCUCACUGCAAAACAACGGUGCCUGAUGUGAAGUCGAUGCAGAUUCAUCACGAUGCUCGUCACCCAAAGAUCCCCUUCGAGGAAGAUAAGCUCGUGAAUCGUCAUGCUACUGCGGCUGCUGUUCCGGAAUCUUCCAAGCCUCGCCCUGGUGUUCGUGGUAGCCUCAAAAAGUGA